AAGCCGGGGGCGCACGGCGCGCGAUUCCGCCGUUGCUCUUUGGAUACCGCGCACCGCGCGUGUUCGCUUCGGAGCUUCAGUUUGUAUUCGGUGUUCAGUUCAGCUCGAUUACCGUGACAACAGCGUGAGGACGGUACGCACAGUGACGGAUACACCAGGAUACUCACCGCCGCGAAUCCGCGAUUUCGAGCCGGGCGCGCGUCUCUCGCGAAAUUCUUCCCCCUGCGCGCGAAUUAUCAUCGAUCGCUCGAAUCUCUGGAUCCGAGAGGACCGCCGUGCCGGCGAAGAUUUCUCUCACGCCUUCGCGGCAUUCGAUUCGAGGGGAGAGUGGUGCGCAUUUGUGCCGUUGAUUGUCAAGUGAUUUAAACCAGAGAAAAAGAGGAACGAACGUAAGAGACGUGAGAGAGAGAGAGAGAGAGAGAGAGACUCAACAAGGGAAAAUGUUGCCGCCACGAAUACUCGGCCUCCUGGUGCUUCUUCUCGCCGUGCAAGGCUUAUGUAAACCGACUAAGAGUACGGAGGACCUGAAUUACGAGGAUGAUACUCCUUUCGAUGAUGAUAAUAAUGAAGAAGAUGAAGACGAAGAGGCUGACAAUACCGGCACCGCCGAGGUGCCUCCGCAAAUCUUAUCACAUGCAAUGAGCAUUCGCGUAAAAGCUGGAGACACCGUUAUACUGCCUUGUCAAGUGGUCCAUACAGACAAUUAUGUGGUCGCGUGGUUGAAGGACGAUAAGUAUCUGUACUUCGAAUCUGUACCGCAGACAAAUACUGAGGACGGCAAGAGAAUCGUACGAUUGCCGAAUAACAGCCUAGUGAUCUACAAUGCGACGGUCGAGGACAGCUCCAACAAUUAUAAAUGCAGCAUUCUACAAAAUCCUCACUCCAUAGAUUUGACUCACCGUCUGUUGGUUGAUGAAAACCCACGUCAAGAAUCCACGCCGCCGCAGUACUCGCACAAAGGGAUUAUACGCGUGAGGCCCUCGAAGAAGGUCGAAGUGAACCAGGGCCAUAAUAUCACGCUCGGUUGCGAGACCGACAUACAGCCGCCGCCCGAGAUCAAGUGGUUCAUUGAGAACAAGAAGGUGGAGAAUUACGAUCCCGACGUGAUCCUGGACGGAAAUUACAUCACGAUAAAGAAAGUGAAUGAGUCUCAUAGCGGCCUGUAUCAAUGCCUCGCUGAAGAUGGUUCGGAGACGCCGGCGAUGGAAGCGAUCAACGUCGUUGUGAAUUACAAACCUAAGAUCGAGGUAGACAGAAUAGUCUACAGUGGUGCGGGUAUAGAGUCGGAAAUUACGUGCAACGUGAGCGCCCAUCCCGUGGCAUUGGUAAUGUGGUAUAAAGACGACAAAAUACUUACGCAGAAGAAAGGAUCGGUAAUGAUGUAUCACAGGAUAAUACCAAAUAGUAACAAGACUAAGCACAUUUUAAAAAUCUUGCAUACUUCGGCACGGGAUUUCGGCGAGUACAAGUGUCGUGCAGAUAAUACCAUUGGUCAUGUCGUUAGAUCUAUUAUCCUGACAGGUGUACCUUCGCAAGCGAAGAUAUCUGGUGCCGAAAUGACUGAUGAUGAUGCAGGAAUUAUUCUGAAAUGGCAUUUGGAAAGUUAUUCGCCGAUUAGCGAAUACAAGGUACAAUAUCGUCGCAAGGGUAACUCGAAAUGGAACUUCAUCGAGCCUGAAGUCAAAGACGGUAAAGGAAAUCAAUUUAUCGUAGAAUGUCCAAUUCCAGAACUUCAGCCUGGAUCUUACGAAGCGAUCCUAAAGGCUAGAAAUGGAUUUGGAUGGUCUUUGGAGUCAGAACCGCAUACAUUUAGUAGUGAUUAUCCCCCUGAUUUAGCAUUAAAAGAAAAUUCGGCAACUGUACGAUCUCCCGGAACGUUUCUAACGUUGAUCCUAGUCGUUUUAUCUUGUGCCUUCACAAGUCUGUAACUCUUUACUUAAAUCUCUACUAAAGUAUGUAGGUAAUUUGCUGCAGCCAAAGCAACACCAGCAAACGCUAUGGUGGAUUUAUUAGUGUAGGAACACUUAGGAGAGACAUAGCGCUAAUAGCGAACAUAAAUAUUUUUAGCGCAAAUUCCCCCUUCUCUAUCAGGAUAUAUUUUAUUUUAUGUACAUAUAUAUUUAAUAAAAUAUUUUCAAACAUGCGGGCAUUAUCGAGACACAUUAAUAUACAUUUUACAUAGUCGAAAUUUCGUGAUUAAUAUUGAUUUACAACUCACCUAGGUGUUCCAUUAAGAUGCAUUGUAAAGAAAAAAAAUGAGCAUUUUAAUUGUAUCGUAAAAUCACGAAUAAUUAUUAAGAGAUAUUGUACUUUA